UGUGCAUGCUGAAUGGCCGGAGCACAGCCCGGGGUUCACGCGCUGCAGCUCAAGCCGGUGUGCGUACCGGAGAGUCUGAAGAAAGGCAGCAGGUUUAUGAAAUGGGACGAGGAUUCUUCUACAGUGACUCCAGUGACCUUACGUGUGGAUCCUCAGGGAUACUUUCUAUACUGGACUGAUCAGAAUAAGGAAACCGAACUGUUGGACAUCAAUUAUAUCAAGGAUGCAAGAACUGGGAAAUGUACGAAAACACCAAAGGAAGCCAAGCUGCGAGAGUUACUUGAUGUUGGGAACCUGGUGGGGCGGAUAGAAAAUAAGAUGCUGACGGUGGUCACAGGGCCAGACAUGGUCAACAUUACAUAUCUGAACUUCAUGGCUUUCCAAGAAGAAGUGGCAAAGGAGUGGGCAGAUGAGCUGUUUAGUCUGGCGUCCAACCUGCUGGCUCAGAACAUGAAUAGAGAGUCCAGCCUGGAAAAAGCAUAUACAAGACUUAAGCUGCAGCCAAACCAAGAAGGACGUAUUCCUGUGAAAAACAUAUUUCGCAUGUUUUCGGCUGACAGGAAGCGCGUAGAGACAACAUUAGAGAGCUGUAAUCUUCCAUCAGGCAGGAACGAUUCCAUUCCUCUGGAGGACCUAACUCCUGAGAUUUACAAAUCCUUCAUUGCCAAUCUCUGUCCCCGACCUGAAAUCAACCAAAUCUUUGCAGAUCUAGGAGCUAAGGGCAAGAACUAUCUAAAUAUGGAGCAGAUGACUGAGUUCAUUAACAAUAAGCAGCGGGAUCCUCGUCUGAAUGAAAUCCUGUACCCUCCACUGAAGACAGAACAAACACAGCUCCUUAUGGAGAAAUUCGAGCCCAACCCAGGCAUGAUACAAAAAGGACAGAUUUCAGCUGAGGGAUUCUCCAGGUAUUUGAUUAGUGAUGAGAAUGGUGUAAUACCACCUGAGAAACUGGACCAGAGUGAAGACAUGACCUUCCCUCUUUCGCACUACUUCAUCAACUCCUCUCAUAACACCUAUCUCACAGCGGGACAGCUAGCAGGAAACUCUUCAGUGGAGAUGUACAGGCAGGUGUUACUGUCUGGCUGCCGUUGUGUGGAACUGGACUGCUGGAAAGGCCGGACAGCUGAAGAGGAGCCUGUUAUCACCCAUGGCUUCACCAUGACCUCUGAGAUCUCUUUUAAGGAAGUAAUUGAGGCCAUUGCUGAAUGUGCUUUUAAAACGUCUCCUUUUCCCAUCAUCCUGUCCUUUGAGAAUCAUGUGGACUCUCCAAAACAACAAGCCAAAAUGGCGGAAUAUUGCAGAUCGAUUUUUGGAGAUGCCCUUUUAACUGAGACACUUGAGAAAUAUCCGCUUGAGUCAGGGGUUCCACUGCCCAGUCCACAGGAACUCAUGGGGAAGAUCCUCAUCAAGAACAAAAAGUCUCACCCCAAACCACCUGAUGGGAGUACAAAGAAGAAGCUCUCAGAGCAAGCCUCGAACACCAAUAGUGACUCCUCCAGUGUGUUCGAACCAUCCUCACCCAGCGCUGGGCCUGCAGCUUCAGCAGAGGUGGAGGCAGAUGAUGAUGAAGAUGAUGACUACGAUGAUGAUGACUGUAAGAAGUCAAUGGACGAGGGUACAGCAGGAUCUGAGGCUUUUGCUACUGAAGAAAUGUCCACUUUAGUUAAUUACAUCCAACCCACUAAGUUCCACUCCUUUGAGACUUCAAAAAAGGUCAACCGCAGUUAUCAGAUGUCGUCAUUUGUCGAGACAAAGGCCCUGGAGCAGCUCACCAAGACUCCUGUGGAGUUUGUGGAAUACAACAAGCUUCAGCUCAGUAGGAUCUACCCCAAGGGCACUCGAGUCGACUCCUCCAACUACAUGCCUCAAGUGUUCUGGAACGCAGGCUGCCAGCUGGUGGCACUAAACUUUCAGACAAUAGAUCUGUCCAUGCAGCUGAACUUGGGCAUGUACGAGUAUAAUGGGAAGAGUGGCUACAGGCUUAAGCCUGAGUUCAUGAGGCGACCAGAUAAGCACUUUGACCUCUUCACAGAAAGCACUGUGGAUGGCAUUGUAGCCAAUACUUUAUCAAUAAAGAUCAUAUCAGGACAGUUCCUUACUGACAAGAAAGUAGGGGUGUAUGUAGAGAUCGACACAUUUGGGCUCCCAGUCGACACGAGACGGAAAGCAUUCAAAACAAAGACAUCCCAGAACAACGCCAUCAACCCUGUGUGGGAUGAAGAGCCGAUCGUCUUUAAAAAGGUGGUUUUGCCUACUCUUGCCUCGAUGAGAAUAGCUGUAUUUGAGGAGGGUGGAAAGUUCAUAGGUCAUCGGAUAAUUCCUAUAUCAGCCAUUCGACCAGGUUACCGGUAUAUUGGAUUGAGAAAUGAGAAGAACCAGUCGCUCACUCUUCCUGCUCUGUUCGUUUAUAUUGAAGUGAAAGAUUAUGUGCCAGACACCUUUGCAGAUGUCAUAGAGGCCCUGUCUAACCCCAUUAGAUAUGUCAACUUAAUGGAGCAGAGAUCCAAGCAGCUGGCUGCUCUGACAUUAGAAGAAGGGGAGGAGGAGAAAGAUGCCAAAGAGACUGAGUCGGGGGUUGAGCAGGCUUCAGAGGCAAAGAGUGAGCCCAAACCUGCCCCUAUAGAGAACGGCCUGAGUCACACUCUGAGUGCAACACCGAAACCAGCAUCGCAGCUCAAUACUCAGCCCCAAUCUACAGGGUCAGCUAAAUCUGCAGCAAAGACGGAAGAUCUUAUACACAGUGUCCUCACUGAGAUGGAGGCUCACACAUUAGAGGAGCUGAAGCAACAGAAAAUGUUUGUUAGGGAGCAGAGAAGGCAUUAUAAAGAAAUGAAGGAGCUGGUGAAGAAACAUCACAAAAAAACCACAGAACUGAUCAAGGAGCAUACAGCCAAAUACAAUGAAUUCCAGCAUGACUACCUCCGCAGAAGAACUGUGCUGCAGAAAUCUGCGAAACGAGAUGGUAAGAAGAGGUGUCUGUCCUCCAGUCCGGAGCACGGUCCCUCGUUUUUUGAGCAGGAGCUGGCAACUCUGGACCAGGAGAGUGGAGAGAAACUGGCUGAGCUCAAAGAACAGCAACAGCAGCAACUCCUGAACCUGCGGCAGGAACAGUACUACAGUGAGAAGUACCUGAAAAAAGAACACAUCAAGCAGCUAAUGGAGAAACUAACCCUGCUCGCUGAGGAGAGUCAAAACAGCCAAAUGAAGAAGCUGAAAGACUUGUGUGAAAAAGAAAAGAAAGAACUGAAAAAGAGAAUGGACAAGAAAAGACAGGAGAAGCUGAAUGAAGCCAAAUCGAAAGAGAAACACUUGACAGAGGAGGAAAAGCUGGAGAUCAACAGGUCAUAUGUUAAUGAAGUGGUACAGCAUAUUAAAAGGCUGGAAGAUGCUCAGACCAAAAGACAUGAAAAGCUUGCAGAGAACCAUAAGAACAUUCUUCAACAAAUCACUGAAGAAAAACCUAAGCUUCAGAACGAACUGGAUCAGGAGUAUCAGGACAAGUUCCGUCGGCUGCCUGUGGAGAUUCAGGAGUUUGUGCAGGAGACGACUAAGCGAAAGACUGACAGGAAUGAUCAGGAGUCCCUGCCUUCUUCUACAACACUGGAGAAACUCAGCCAUAAGGGAGCGCAGUCUGAGGAUGAUAUGGAGGAAGAGAGGAAAGACUAA